CGAGCCGCCGUAGCGCGCCCGCCGCCUGCCGUGAGGGGAGCCCGGGCAGCGCAGGCCGCAGCGGCGCCGCCGCCGCCGCCCCGCCCGAUGUGAGCGGCCCCGGGCCGGGGGCAGCGAGCGCGGCCAUGAAGAAGGACGUGCGGAUCCUGCUGGUGGGAGAACCCAGAGUUGGGAAGACAUCACUAAUUAUGUCUCUUGUCAGCGAGGAAUUCCCAGAAGAGGUUCCACCCCGAGCUGAAGAAAUCACCAUUCCAGCUGAUGUCACUCCUGAAAGAGUGCCAACCCACAUAGUGGAUUAUUCAGAAGCAGAGCAAAGUGAUGAGCAGCUUUAUCAUGAAAUAUCACAGGCAAAUGUGAUUUGUAUAGUCUAUGCUGUUAACAACAAGAAUUCUAUUGAUAAGGUAACGAGUCGAUGGAUUCCUCUCAUCAAUGAAAGGACAGACAAAGAUAGCAGGCUGCCUCUUAUAUUAGUUGGAAACAAGUCUGACCUAGUGGAAUACAGCAGUAUGGAAACUAUCCUUCCCAUUAUGAAUCAAUAUACAGAGAUAGAAACAUGUGUAGAGUGUUCAGCCAAAAACUUGAAGAAUAUAUCUGAGCUAUUUUAUUAUGCACAGAAGGCUGUUCUACAUCCUACAGGUCCUCUUUAUUGCCCAGAGGAGAAAGAGAUGAAACCUGCCUGUAUUAAAGCACUGACUCGCAUUUUUAGAAUUUCUGAUCAAGAUAAUGAUGGUACUCUCAAUGAUGCAGAGCUCAACUUCUUUCAGAGAAUUUGUUUUAAUACACCACUGGCACCUCAAGCUUUGGAAGACGUAAAGAAUGUAGUCAGGAAAAACCUAAGUGAUGGAGUUGCAGAUAAUGGAUUGACAUUAAAAGGUUUUCUUUUUCUACACACACUUUUCAUUCAGCGAGGAAGGCACGAGACAACUUGGACUGUUUUGCGUCGCUUUGGCUACGACGACGACUUGGAGCUUACACCAGAGUACCUGUUCCCCCCCCUAAAAAUUCCCCCUGACUGCACAACAGAACUAAAUCAUCAUGCAUACUUGUUUCUUCAAAGUAUUUUUGAUAAACAUGAUUUGGAUAGAGAUUGUGCUUUAUCUCCUGAUGAAUUGAAAGACUUGUUCAAAGUCUUCCCUUACAUGCCAUGGGGACCUGAUGUGAACAACACAGUUUGCACAAAUGAAAGAGGAUGGAUCACAUACCAAGGGUUUCUCUCACAGUGGACACUAACCACAUACCUGGAUGUGCAGCGUUGCCUGGAGUACCUGGGUUAUUUAGGCUACUCCAUACUUGCAGAACAAGAAUCUCAAGCAUCAGCAAUUACAGUGACAAGAGAUAAAAAGAUAGACCUCCAGAAAAAGCAGACUCAGCGAAACGUCUUCCGCUGCAAUGUUGUUGGAAUGAAAGGCUGUGGGAAAAGUGGAGUUCUUCAAGCUCUUCUUGGAAGAAAUCUAAUAAGACAAAGGCAAAUACGUGCAGAACACAAAUCUUACUAUGCCAUUAAUACAGUCUAUGUAUAUGGACAGGAAAAAUACUUGCUGCUACACGAUGUCAGUGACUCAGACUUUUUAACUGAUGCUGAGACCAUAUGUGAUGCUGUCUGCCUGGUAUAUGAUGUCAGUAAUCCUAAAUCCUUUGAGUACUGUGCCAGGAUUUUUAAGCAGCACUUCAUGGACAGCAGAAUACCAUGUUUAGUGGUAGCUGCCAAGUCCGACUUGCAUGAAGUUAGACAGGAAUAUAGUAUUUCUCCUGCUGAAUUCUGCAAAAAACACAAAAUGCCUCCACCCCAAGCCUUUACUUGUAAUACUGCUGAUGUGCCGAGUAAGGAUAUCUUUGUAAAACUGACAACUAUGGCAAUGUAUCCCCAUGCCCGGUUACGCUGUAUGUGCGCCUGCAACAGGUGUACAUUUUGCAUCUGUCAGAACUUCCUCAACUCAGACUUGCUGCAAUCUGUAAAGAACAAACUCUUCACUGCAGUUCUUAACAGGCAUGUGACACAAGCGGACCUCAAGAGCUCAACGUUCUGGCUCCGAGCAAGUUUUGGUGCUACUGUGUUUGCAGUUUUGGGUUUUGCCAUGUACAAAGCACUACUAAAGCAGCGAUGAUCUGAGAAGAAGCACAUCUGGCCCUACCAAAUAAAUAAAUAAAAAACCACUUUUAUGUACAUUCUGAAUGCUUUAAAUUCUGCUAGAAAUAUUUAUAUUUGCAGAGUUACUUUAUUAAUAUUUGUAAUUCAUGAUUAAGAUUAUUUUAAAUUAUAGCUCUGACUACAGUAUUGCGUAAUGUGUGGAAAAAAGGAAUUGCAUCUUAACAGCCAGCUAAAAUGGCUUAACUUGUAAGGCCAAAAGGGAAUUCGUUGUAAAUAACCUGUACAUAUUAAAGCAAGUAAGACAUUGCUUCCCAAAAACCUAUUCAAAAUACUGUUCUUAGAUGUUCACCAUGGUGACAUUCUGGUGUAUAGGUGAAAUUCAUUUUCAGUAGAGUAGACUCAACUCAAGGAUCAUACUUCCUCAAGGAUUGCUUAUUUAUUUCACAUUCAUCUGAAGUGACUUCAUCUUUUUGGACUAUAAGCUAUAGCAGGCAGAAUUUGUGAUUUUUGUUCAUAUUUUUAACUGAUGAACAAAUUUGCCCCUCUAAUCAUGUAUUUCAGGAAAGAGUCACCUUUGCUGUCCUGGCCUAUGUCUUUGUAUUUUACAUGACCAGUAACAUAUUUAGAGUCUGGUCUCUUUUAAGAGGAAAAAAGUAAACUUUGAAAACUGCCAGAUCAACUUCAUACACUGUGUGUAACCUGUGUUUUUCAUUUUUCACAAUGUUGUGUUUUAUAACCCUCAUCAAUCAGACAAGCAAAUUUCUUAUGUUAUAAACAGUUAUAAUUUGGAAAGUGUUGCAGUUUAAUUUCUCACAUCUGUCAGUCAUACUCGUUGAAAGCUGUGUAUAAGAGAAAACUGCAAUAGUACACAGUGCCUAUUCUACUGUAGUAUAUUAGUUGCAUGGAUCACAGUGCAUUCUGUAAUGGGCUAGAAUUACCUAUAGACACAGCUUUUUUAAUGAUCAAGUAAACCAAACAUUAAAUUCCUCAUGACAAACCUAUUUUUCCAUUGCUGGCCUUUUCAAGUAUUUCAAUAAAAUAACUGUGUACUGUG